AUGGGAGAUCGUAAACGCUCUUCUCCAACAAUAGUAUCCAUCAACGAAGCUUCGCUUUCCAAGAAAAGAAAAAUCACUGCAUCUUCUUCGCACUUUCAUCACCAAACUAUCUCGCCGGUAACUUCCGUGAAUUCCGCUGCCACGGUGUCUUCCGACGAAUUUUGCCCGGAUCACGCUCAACUGCCUCGUUUCAGCUCCGACAAGGUUUUCGAAACGUGCGAAGUCGUUAAGGAACGCGACGCAACGUCGUUAGAUCCAGAGCUGAAAACAAAGGGUUUGGAGUCAAACGCAACGAAACGCAAUUUGAAGUCGUUCAGGGAGGAGGAGAUCGAUGAAUUCUUUGCGAGGUUCGAGCGGGAGGAACAAAAACGAUUUUCUGAAAAGUACAACUUUGAUAUUGUUAGAGAUAUGCCGUUGGAGGGUCGUUACGAGUGGGUUCGUUUACAUUGA